AUGGCCGCCGGCCGCCGCGCUCCCCCGGAGCCCGGCGGGGGCCCGGUAUUACUUCAAGGCAUCUUCGGUGCGGGACCGAGCCCCGGUGCUGCCUCCUGCUCGCUGGCUCUGACUGCCCGGGAGCUGCAGGUGCGGCGUCCCGGCGGCUCCUCCGGGGGCUCGGCCGGUCCCGACGCCGCGCUCCGCCUGGCCGACUGCGUGGGCUCCGCCGCCUUCCCCGCCGCCGCCGCCGCCGCCUGCUUCUCCCUCGUCUGCUACCCCUUCCGCGGGCCGCGCUGGGGCUCGCCCGCCCGCCAGCGCCUGGAGCGGACCUUCCGCGUCUCGCAGGGACCCGACGCCGAGGGCAACCUGCGCAUCGCCCAGGCCUGGAGCCGGCGGAUCCGGGAGCUCUCGGUGCCCGCCGUGCCCACGCAGGACGGUGACAGCUAUGGGGUGCUGCCCCGGCCCUGCCGUGCGCUGGUGCUGCUGAACCCGCAGAGCGGCGCCGGCCGCGCACUCGAGGACUUCCAGGCAGUGGUGCAGCCCAUGCUGGCCGAGGCCGACAUCGCCACCACCGUCUUCGUCACUGAGAGACCCCACCACGCACAUGAGAAGGUACGGGAUGAAGACCUGUCACGGUGGGACACGUUGGUGGUCAUGGCCGGGGACGGGCUGCUGUACGAGGUGGUGAACGGGCUCAUGGAGCGGCCGGACUGGGAGGACAGCAUGAAGAAGCCGCUGUGCAUCCUGCCGGGGGGCUCUGGGAACGCCCUGGCCGCCUCCAUCAACCACUACGCAGGCAAUGAUCAUGUUGCCAAGAAGAAGCUGCUCACGAACUGCGCCUUCAUCCUGUGCAAGGGGCUGCACACGCAGAUGGACCUGGUCUCACUGAGCACAGCCUCGGGCAAACGCCUCUUCUCCUUCCUCAGCUUCGGCUGGGGCUUCAUCUCGGAUGUGGACAUCGACAGCGAGAAGUACCGCCGGCUGGGCAACGCCCGCUUCACCCUGGGCACCCUCCAGUGCCUGGCCAAGCUGCGGGUGUACCAGGGCCGCCUCUCCUACCUGCCCGCCAUCCCCGAGCAGGGCACCCCCCCGGCACCCAGGGACCCCCACGCGCCCGUCACCAACGGCCAGGCUGGCCGCAUCCUGCCGCUGGCGGGGACGGAGGCGGCUGGGGCUCUGCCCGUCGACUCGCUGCUGGUGCCACUGUGCCAGCCGGUGCCGGCGCACUGGACGGUGGUCCCCGAGGAGGAGUUUGUCUCCGUCUAUGCCAUCUACCAGUCCCACCUGGGCACCAACCUGCUGAUGGCACCGGCAGCCCGGCUGCAUGACGGCUGCAUCCAUCUCUUCUACCUGAAGGCCGGCAUCAGCCGCAUGGCGCUGCUGAGGCUCUUCCUGGCCAUGGCCAGGGGGACCCACCUGGACUUGAACUGUCCCCACCUCUGCUACGUCCCCGUCCGGGCUUUCCGCCUGGAGCCACGGGCAGCCGCGGGCAUCAUGACGGUGGACGGCGAGGCACUGGCCUGUGAGCCCGUGCAGGGCCAGAUCCACGACCGCCUCUGCCGCGUCCUCAGCGGCUCCUGA